CGCAGUCACUUCCUGCCCCCGCGCCCAUCCGGCUCCGGGGUCAGCGGCCGCCGCUGUGGCGGGACGGGGGAGGAUAAAGUUUUAUUCGGGGAACGAGCCGCUGGAUGUAGGAGAGUCGGUGGUGCGCGCGGAAAAUGCCUCUGAGGGACAAGUGCUGCCAGACUGACCACCACCACCAUGGAUGCUGCGAGCCAGUGCAUCUGCUGGAACCUGGUGAUCCUCCAUUGUUACAGCAGCCUCUGCAGACAUCAAAAUCUGGUAUUCAACAAAUCAUUGAGUGUUUUCGAUCAGGAACUAAGCAACUUAAACAUAUCUUGUUAAAAGAUGUGGAUACCAUUUUUGAAUGUAAAUUGUGCCGAAGUCUCUUCAGAGGAUUACCAAAUUUAAUUACUCAUAAAAAGUUUUAUUGUCCUCCAAGUCUCCAGAUGGAUGAUAACCUCCCAGAUAUAAGUGAUAAACAGAGUCAAGCCAUAAAUGACCUCCUGGAAGCAAUCUAUCCAAGGGUAGAUAAGCAAGAAUAUGUAAUUAAAUUGAAACCUAUAGAAAGUAAUCAGAAUGCUGUAUUUCAAUAUGUAUCAAGGACUGAUAGCCCAGAUGAGAACACAGAAAGUAGUAGUACUCCUGAUCAAGCUCCAAUACAGAUACAGGAACCCAAUACCGAGCAGUCCAAGACUGUCUCAGCCUCAGCCCCAGUCCCAGCUGGGGAGACUGUAGAAUUACCUCCUGCUGAUCCUGCUACAAACAAGGUGGUACCUACUCCUGAAGAAGAGCCUCCAGCAGUAAAUCCUGAGUCGGACUCUAUGGAUAAUUUUGAUUUGGGCCACCAGUUAAUAUGUUGUCUUUGUAGGAAAGAAUUUCAUUCCAGACGCAGUGUUCGCCGGCACAUUCGAAAAGUUCACAAAGAAAAGAUGGAAGAGCUAAAGAAGUACAUAGAAACAAAAAAGAAACCAAAUCAGUGCUCCAUGAAAGGACGAAAUAAGAAUGUUCUUGUAGCAUUAGGUAGAAGUUGUCCUGUAUGUUAUAAAUCAUUUGCUACAAAAGCCAACGUAAGGAGGCAUUUUGAUGAAGUUCAUAGAGGAUUAAGAAGGGAUUCCAUUACUCCUGAUAUAGCUACAAAGCCUGGGCAACCUUUGUUCUUGGAUACAGUUUCUGCUAAAAAAUCUUUUAAGACACGAAAACAAAAGUCGUCUUCAAAGGCUGAAUACAAUUUAACUGCAUGCAAAUGCCUUCUGUGCAAGAGAAAAUAUAGUUCACAAAUAAUGCUGAAAAGGCACAUGCAAAUCGUUCACAAGAUAACUCUUUCUGGAAAGAACUCUAAAAGAGAAAAAGGACCCAACAAUACUGCCAACGGCACAGAAAUAACAGUAAAAGUUGAACCAGCAGAUUCUGUAGAACCUCCACCCCCUUCCAUUGCCCUUUCUCUGCAGAAUGAGUUAAAGGGAACAAAUAAUUCAAAUGAGAAAAAGAGCACACCGUCAGCACAGAAAAAUAAACUUAAACAGGACGCUGAAAACCCUAAAUCAACCUCUAAAUCAACCACUAAAUCAACCUCUAAAUCGACCACUAAAUCAACCUCUAAAUCAGCCUCUAAAUCAACCAAUGCAUCUGCUGCAGGUGGCCAGCAAAAAAACAGGAAGCCAAAACUUUCAGCUGGCUUUGACUUCAAGCAGCUUUACUGUAAACUCUGUAAACGCCAAUUUACUUCUAAACAGAACUUGACAAAACACAUUGAAUUACACACAGAUGGAAAUAACAUUUAUGUUAAAUACUACAGGUGUCCGCUCUGCUCUUAUGAAACACGUCGCAAACGUGAUGUGAUAAGGCAUAUAACUGUUGUUCAUAAAAAGUCACCACGCUACCUUGGGAAAAUAACUGCAAGUUUGGAAAUUAGAGCAAUAAAAAAGCCAAUUGAUCUUGUUCUAAACAAGGUGACAAAAAGAGGCCCUCAGAGGGAUGAAACAAAACAGAUUGUUUCAAAACAGGAUGUCACCUCUAAUUCUCCCAAUAAAAAGUAUGAAGGAGCUGAUGUUGGCAUUGAAGUAAAAGUAACAAAAAAUUUCUCUUUGCAUCGAUGCAAUAAAUGUGGGAAAGCAUUUGCCAGAAAAGCUUUUCUAGAACAUCAUAAGAAAACCCACAAAGCAAAUGUAUCUCAUUCACCUGAAGAAAAUAAAACCAAAGGCAGAAGUACAAGAUCUAAAGCUGUUGUCUGUUUGUAUUUCAGAAUGACCAACUGAUGCCUGAAGGUUGGGGGAUUUUACAAAAAAUUAUAAUGAAGAGAGACAGUAGUGAUACCUGUAAGAGUCUUUAAUGUCAGAAUUACCUUUCUAGCGUAUUUGGUGAAAAGAAAAUCAAGCAUAUGUGCCUUGUUCUGUAUUUCAACUCGGAAAUACUAUUUCCCAGGACAUAAUUUGAUUUGAGUUCAACUUUUGUAGUGAAUUGUCACCCAGCUAUGUUAGAUCGUAAUCUGGUGCUUUUGGGACUUUGUAAAAAAUCCUGGCUAAGUGUGACAGAACUUCAGAAAUUAACUGAGCUGGACCAUGAAUUAUGCUGAAUUUAAGAGGAGGAGAGACUUCUGCAUUUCGAUAAAGAAUUAAAAAUUUAGUCUUGUAAAUUAUUUAUGCUGCGUAGUUUAAAACAGAAAUAGAUGGGUAAACUCAAAGUACUAAUUUAUUCCCAUUUCUCCUCAGAUAGGCUCAAGUGAUUAUCAGAAAGUUUGGAGUUCAUUUAAGUGAAAAAAACUUUUGUUUGUUGUUGGAACUGCUAAUAUCUCGAUAAUGGUAAUAUGAAAAGGAAAUGUUAUCAUAAGCUGUUGUUUUCUUCCUAAUUUAAUAGCCACUCUUACUGCUUGUAGGACAGUGGCUCUUCGCAAAACACUGACAUAGCUGAAAUGCACACAUGCUUCUAAAUUAGUAGUUAUCUCUAUGCAGCUGAGGUUCAACAGAGUAUAGAUUGCUUUCUGAAAUUAAGAAAGUGCAGAGGCAAGUUAGUUAACAACAGCUUUGGAAGAAGAUUUUUGUUCUUCAUUUAGGAAAUGAUCUUCAGAGAGCUCAUUGUGCAAACUGGCCCUCCCUGGUAGUGCUGACUGAUGAAGAGCUCUGACUUUUUUCUGAAGUCUUACUUUGGCAAAUGUUGCGUUAUAUACUGUUUAAAAUUUAUUACAAAUGAAUGUAUAAGAGCAAACAAUGUAGUGUGUAUUGGCUGAAUUGUACUAAUUUUUAGUAUUUGCCAUAACAUCAGUUUGUUCAUAUUGACUGAUUUCCCAGUUAUGGGAUGUUCUGAAUUUCACUGUACUGAAGUUGCUUCAAAAGUCUCAAUUUUGUUUCCAUAUGUGAUGCAUAGGACAACUUUGUAAACAUCUAGGAAGUUUACAAGAGUAUCCACAUUCCUCUAUUCUUUAAUUUUUUUUUUUUUUAAAUAUACAAAAGCACUUUAAUGAUAGUUACAGUUUAUUUUUUCAGUUUAUUUUUUGAAAGAUCAACACACUAAUGUUAAUAUGAAGGUAGUGAAUAUUUACUUAUGUAUUAUAGACAGACAAUCUGUGCACAACCACUUAUAAUGUUAGCUUAUUCCAUUAAAUGAAAAGGGAGGAUAGUAUGGGAGAAACUCAAAAUAUUUUUUCUCUCAAGAUUGUGAAUGACCACUAUAGCUAGCAUUUGACUUUGUAUAGUUUGAAAAAUGUUUUAGAUCCCCUUUUAUAACUUUUUAAUUAAGAUUGUAGUAAAACAGGCGCAUGCCAACCAUUAUGAUAUUCUUGGCAGGUUUCAUGCAUCAGUGCUUUGGGUUUUGUUUUUGUUUUUUGUUACUUUUUAGAAAAUAUUUUGUUUAGUGAUUUGUGUCAAAUUGCUACAAUUUGAAAGGUAUUGUACAUCAGAAGAAAUACCAUGUUUUUUUAUAUAGGUUCACUCCCUUUCUUAGGGAGGUGCCUCAUGUUCAUAUAUACGUUUUGUAUAAAAUAUAUCUAAAAAUGUUGAUCACAAGAUCAGGAGUAAAAAUGCUUUUAUGGAUAGAGAAAUAUUUGGCCCUGCUAGUGCAUUGCACUAAAAAUACUGUGAAUGGGAACUGGACUGUAGCUGUUGCUCAACUUGUUCUAUAUUGAAUGUACAUGCUUUUGUUUGGAUAAAUGUACUGUAUUUGAUGUAAAAUAAAGCAGACUGGAAAUCACUUUCAAGUGUGCAUAAACAAAAAGUUGUGUUUGUAACGUGGAAUAUCUGUCAUUCCACAACUGGGAAUUACAACGUUUGCAUUUUUGUAAAAUUUGACAAUUACGAAAAUAAUAGUUUGUAAUAUUCUGUUUUAACAAAUGUGGGGUUUUGUUAUUAAAAAUGUUGGUAGCUGGGGAGUGAACACUUCUCCACUCUGAAGGUUACGGCUUACUAUAUUUUUAGAACAGCACUGCUGAUACUGUCUUUUUGUUCCAUGUAAAAAUGUAUCUUCCUUUACUGAGCAAAGCUUGGUUUUAUUAUCCUUUUAGAGCAAAAGUGAAUGCUGAUGUUGAAGGAGAUAGGCUAUGUGUUUUCUGAAUAAGAAAAUAGGGUUACCUAGUUCUGCAUUGCAAGUAAUGUUGAUUACCGUCCAAUGUUACUUCUUGUUACAGUUGGAAUAUAAGAAAAGAACUGCUAUUAUCGUUGUUAAUUCCUUUUGUAAAGGAAGACAUCAAUAUAUCUAUGUAAGUGCAUUUUAACUAAUGUUCCUGAAUGCCUGCAGAUUAAGAUUAGGAAAUUGAAAUGCAGUGACAGAGUAACUGUCCAUUUCUCAGCUAAUCCUUGUCCUCUGUGUUUGGGUUAACUGUGCAGUCUGCAUCUUGAAAUACAUGAAAGGAAAGUUACUCCUAUUUCAAAGGUAAGCUUUCUGCUAAAGGUUCGCCAGUUUUGCAUCUAUGUAGAUAAACAGAGCUACAAAACUGUUUUGUUCUACUUAGAGUUUUGGAUAGUGUAUUUCUUCUUGAAGAUGUGGCUUAAUAGUUAGCAAUUGCCACAACUAUUUAAGUCUUCCCAUGAGGUUAAACCUACUCUGCAGCUCUUUUGAAGCACAUCUCAUUUUCUUUCUGAUUUGUGGAAUAGUUGUUUUCUCUUUUUCCCAUAAAGAAAAGAGAAAAUCAAUCAAUAAACUAUAUUGAUUGUGAUGCACUUGUUCAACUCAGUGAUUCUUUUAUCUUUCCAUGUAACCAUCUUGAAUGUGAAGAAGCAUAAAGUUGAGGGGAGAAGGAUUGCUAAUUGGUCUUAAUUCACAUAAUACAUAUUUUUCAGCAAGCCCUGAGAAAUUUUGAUAAAGGUUUGAAUAUAGUUAAGAUCCACGUGGGCACUUACCUGCAAGGUUAUGCAUCAGUAUGUCUGGGUAUGAGUUUUUAAUUAAGAUGCAGUCUUGCAUUGUUGAUAAGUCACAUUGAUUUGCCUUCUUUUGCUUGGACUACCCCAAAACAAAUGUAAAUUCUUUAGUGGGACUUCAGAAUUUAGGUUGAAUCUUAUUAAAGAGGUUUUUACUCAGAACGGAUGUGAGAUACUUUAUGGAAAACUCUGAGGAUGAUCUAUAUGUUCUGUAUGGAAGCCUGUCUUGUAAUGCAAAGAAUGAAUUUUUUUUAAAAGUGAUAGUUAUCUUCUAAAGUGAGGGCUUUGAGGGGCUAGCUUUGAUGUCAAAUUGAUGUGAAAUCUUGCAUAAACAAUGAAACUCGCUGUUGCUGGAGGCAUGAAACUUGCUGAAAUUCCUAGUCUAAUGAAGCGCUUGUUUCUGUCGCAAAACCACCUUCUCUUUAUCCUAUCUCAACUGAGGGGGCCUGGUCUUCCUGGUUUUAUUUUUUUGUGUUAAAUUUUGCAGUGCUUUCUGGUUUUAAGUUUUACUUGUCUUUUCUGUCUGGAACGUUAGAUCCUAAGGUUUGAAAUCCUUGUAAUGUUUGGUCCCCUUCAAUUUAGUAAGAGAAUCAAAGAAAACUGUAGCUUAAGUAGUUGGUGGUCAUUGUCACCAUUUAUUUUUUGAUUGGAUUCUGCUGGGAAGAACCUAAAGCUACUGUGUGAAGGGUUUCUGUGACUUGUCAAGUGCCUGAGGUACUUCGAAAACGAGAGAUCAAUUUUGCCUGAUGACUGUAAGAACUGUGGGUAGGUAUUUUAUGUCAUUCCCUCUUGGUGAGUAGUGAAGCACGACAAUUAAUAAACCAUAAAGGUAGACCAGUAUGCUGGCUCAGGAAUGAGGAAUAAAGAUGAAAUUGAGUUGAAUGUUUGGAUAGCCAAGAAGUUGGAUAUUAACUGUAAAAGGAAGUCUUGGGAUACUGGUAAAUCAUCUGAUUGUUUAGAUCUGUUCUGUGUUUUAUUAAACAACAGAGGGGAAAUGAUCUUAUUCCUAAGAAGUUGAUAAAGGGUCUUCCUGUUAGAAUAAUAAAAGGUAAAUGGACUUUGCCACCUAACAAAGCUUAUGUGACACUUGAUUCAAAUUGCCCCUUGAAUUAGUAACUUGAUUUUUUUAAAGUAAGCAAUGUAGCAUGCCAUGUAUCUCAUAACAACUAAGCAGCUCCAGCAACGAGGCAAGCUUAAACAAAUAUAAACUGAU